CAUUCCUCGAUAACUACUUCUUGAGAAAGAGACACCUAUUUUAGUAUUCUUGUCUACGUGGGGAUUGACUUGCGACGACCAAACAAUGGCUGGUUCACUCAUAUACUCCGCCGCGCCUUAUCACAUUAUCAGCUAUGGCAUUCUCUUGGGUACUACCACGUUUCAAAGCUUCGUGGCAGGAAUAGUCGCCUUCAGGACUCUACCUCGUCCACAAUUCGCCCAGCUUCAGCAAGCCACUUUCCCCAUAUAUUUCUCGAUGCAGACUGCCCUCCCGGUCAUCCUUGCCCUGACACUGCCCGCCGAGCGGACUGCGAUCAGUAUGAUACCGUCAAGUAUAUCAGGUGUCCUUGAUCCCAUCAACCGAUUUCGCGUUCUAGCACCUCUUUUCACCAUGUUUGUCACCGCGGCCGCCAAUCUGGCGUAUAUUGGACCAGCGACGACGAAAUGCAUGAAGGACAGAAAACAUCAAGAGACAAGAGACGGGAAGAAGAGCUAUGAUCCACCUCCGCAUAGCAAAGAGAUGCAAGCACUUAACCAACAGUUUUCGAGGUUACAUGGCGCAUCCUCUUUGGUCAAUCUGAUAUCAUUGAUUGCGACCAUGUGGUACGGCUUCUACCUUGCCGAUAGGAUAUCUUGAUCGCCACAAGGUAUCAGCAAAGGCUUUUUGGAGGAGCAUGCAAUGAAUAGAUCUCAGUCCGCAUAGGAUUAUACUUUCCGUGGCUCAAAAGAUUACCAAUUCCCGACCAAUUUGGACUGUGGAAGGCCCUUGCUCAUAUUCCGCUGUCCAAUUCAUGUCCGUCUGAGUUCGACGAGGUUUACUUCGAAGUUGAGCAGGUACCGGAAUUUUGUUCGUUGCUGUUUUCUUCUCUUGUCCAUCCACUUCCACCAGGAUGCAACAUUCUGCUGUUGCUCCGUUUAUUGAGCUGAGAGUCAAGCCCGAGUUUGCUAUCCGGGCGGCAAUUACAGGCAAUUUUUGU